AUGGUGACGCUUGAUCCAGCAACCCAGUCCAACUAUGCAGAAAUCACAACAAAGCACGUUCAUUUUGAUUGGACAAUCGAUUGGAAACAGCGCAUUAUUUCGGGUUCGGCCACCCACGAUUUGGUUGCAAACCAAGAUAACGUUAAGUCGGUCAUAUUUGAUACUUCAUAUUUGGGGAUAACUGGCGUUGAAGUCGGUGGUGUUGCUACAAAGUAUGAUUUGGGGGAACGCCACCCCGUCAUGGGUAGCGCACUUGCGAUCUCGCUGCCCUCCGCGUUACAGAAGGGAGACCAGGUUGUGCUUCGGAUCGAUUACAGUACUACAACUCAGUGCACGGCUAUUGGUUGGUUGGACAAGGAACAAACCUCUGGAAAGAAAUUUGACUAUUUGUUCUCUCAAUGCCAGGCGAUCCAUGCGCGCUCUCUCGCGCCGUUGCAAGACACGUCCUCCGUUAAGAUUACGUACAGCGCGAACAUAACGUCCAUUUUGCCGGUACUGAUGUCAGCCCUCCGUCUUUCUCCGCCUUCCGACGGUCCGGCGCACGAGGGCAAAAAAGUUGGGGUAGAAUCCGUAAAAUAUCAAUACAAUCAGCCUAUAUCUAUACCUUCCUAUCUUAUCGCUAUCGCAUCUGGAAACGUGGUUUACAAGCCGUUUGCACCUGUUCCGGGUCGCCCGUGGAAGACAGGUGUAUGGACUGAGCCCGAACAAAUGGAUGCAGCCUUUUGGGAGUUUAGCAAGGAUACCUCCAGUUAUGUCCUCGAGGCGGAGAAGAUACUUACACCAUACGAAUUUGGCGUGUACGAUUUGUUAGUACUCCCACCAUCAUUCCCUUAUGGUGGAAUGGAAAAUGCUUGUUUAACAUUUGUCACUCCGACAUUGCUAGCAGGAGAUAGAUCGCUUGUUGAUGUUGUCGCACACGAAAUCGCCCAUAGCUGGUUCGGGAAUAAUGUUUCGUGUGCUGAUUCGGGUCAUUUCUGGCUGAAUGAGGGCUGGACCACAUACACUGAGCGUCUGUUGCAGAGGGCGCUCCAUGGACCGGCAGAACGCGACUUUUCAUAUAUAAUCGGAGAGAAGGCUAUGAUUGACGCUCUCGAAGAAUACAGUGAUCGACCCAAGUUCCAGCGGCUUGUGAUCGACUAUGCGUACGGUGAUGAUCCAGAUGACGCAUAUAGCUCGGUCCCAUACGAAAAAGGGUCCAACUUCUUGUUGUACCUCGAACGUUUAUUGGGAGGUCUAGAUGUAUUUCUACCUUACGCACGGGACUAUGUUAACACGUUCCGGGGGCGGUCCAUUCGUACGGACGAAUGGAAGACCCACUUGUUUGCAUAUUUCGAGAAGCACGGAGGUGAGGAUAAGCUGAAAUUGUUGAAUUCUGUGGACUGGCAGGCGUGGCUCUAUGGGGAAGGCACGAAGCUGCCGGCGAAGAUAGAAUAUGAUACCACGCUCGCUGAGAAGGCCUAUCAGCUUGCCGCAAAAUGGGAUGAAUCCCGUGGGGCCGAGGCCGGUAGCCUACCGUUUUCUGCAAAAGACUUGCAAGAAUUUAGCUCGAACCAAACAGUCGUAUUCUUGGAACGCUUGCAGAGAUAUGAUCCCUUGCCCGCCUCACACAUCAGGUUCCUUGGAGACGAGUACAGCCUGGACACCACCAUGAACGCUGAAAUUCGGCUGCGUUGGUACGCGCUCGCACUUUCAGCCCAAGCACCAGCUCCUUCAGAAUGGUCCACUCGAGCGGCCGAGUGGGUCGUUGGAGGUGGCAAAGCAGUUGAUGCGGGCAAAGGGGUCCAGGGGCGAAUGAAAUUCUGCCGGCCUACUUUUCGUGCCAUUAACAACGUCGUCCCGGCGCUCGCCAAAAGCUCGUUUGAAGCCCACAAGGACGAGUUCCACCCGAUCGCUCGGCGCAUGAUAGCAAAGGAUAUUGGAGCAGAAAUGUAG